UGUCGUCACGUCACGAUGGUGGUAGGAAGGUUGGGGAUAGGGACGGAUGUCUCUGGAAAUCACUCGGCUGUUCGGACCCCGCAGCGGCAGCUCUGUGGGCCGGAACGGCCCAUCUUGUUCUGCACCGCCUGCGGCCCACUAGGCUCGGUUUUAUGUUUUCUGAUACGGCCCAGGGCCUUUCUUUCCCUCUGUCUUUCGGCCGUUCGUUUCGACCGUUCAUUUGCUUCGGCGAGCGCCGGGGAGGGGAUAAUGGCAGCAGCGGUGAGCUCGGUCUCAGUUCUGCCCCUCGCGCCGCUGAGGCCGCUUCCGUUGAGGCGCGCAGCUAGGAAUGUGUUGGAGGGACGAGUGAGAAGGGCUUCGAGUCCCCUGCUCCUCGCGAGGCAUGAUGGGCUGCGGCGCGGGCGCCCGGCUGCGGCUGCUGCGGCCGUGGCCGGCGAAGCGGAGUUGCCCCUCGAAGAGGCGGAGGCCGCGAUGAGGGUGGCCGCGGACGACGACAGCAUCACGGCCACGGUGGUGUCCGUGCUGCUCACGGUUGCGUUCGUCGGCCUCUCCCUCCUCACCCUCGGGGUGAUCUACCUGGCGGUGCAGGACUUCUUGCAGAAGAGGGAAAAGGAGAAGUUUGAGAAGGAGGAGGCUGAGAGGCAGAAAGAGGAGGCGAGGAAGAAGAGGGCUAAGUCCAGGCAGAAGAGAAGAAAUUAUUGAUUUCGGGAUGAACUGCCACCCCCACCCCCCAAUGUUAUAUGUGCUGCGUAUGCUGACAAUGCUCCUCAGAUGCAUAUCAGUCUUCAACAUCUCCUUUUCUCAGGUUUUAUGUCAUUGUGAAAACUGGUUAGCUCCAUGCUUUUGUGCUCUGUUCAAAGUAGCCUGAUUUCUUCUCAUUUAUUCAAGUUGUGAGUAAAAUUUAUGUACUACAACAGAUGCUUCAUAAAUUCUACAUCGCAUCUGAAUCACAUAUCAGCAUCUUUGUGCUUCAAUCUGAAUCUAGCAUGAUUUCUUUUCACUGUGUUGAACACCAAGAGUUGUUGGUGUUGAAUUGCGUCAUAGACUUGGAAUUGCACAAGCCGUGGCUAGACCACAAGGGAUGGGGAGGAAGCUUCUCGUCAACUUUGUUCGCAGACAAGGAGUGAUUGUAUCAUGUCUGAUUGAGCAUGACAGCAUAUGAAGUUUCUUUGUUCGUUCUGUAGAUCUGAUCUAUCGCUGACGUGGACUCGAGCACGUGUCAAACUUUACCGACUUUUGGAAUCUGGCUAUUUUGUUCCUGUACAUGUAGACACAUGUGAAGGUCAAUUGGUUUGCGGUUUUUAAAAAUACA